AUGGCCACUUCUAAACAGUUUCCGACGCUCGUGCAGUUCGGAGAGAUAGAUGAGGAAUUUGAGGAGCUCAGUUACGUUCACAGGCGGCCCCAGUGGUUCCACGCCGAACAUCUGAUGAAUCCGUAUAGAGUCCACCUCGAGGCGUGGCUGGUGGAAGCGAUCUUCGGUCCGGGCUGGGAAAAUAUCCCGCGCGUCGAGUGUGUUUCACAGACCUUUCUUCGUGUGAGACUAUUGGACACCAAAGGGGAGGCCGAGAUCUUGAUAUUUGGGCGGCCUUAUUACCAGAAGGACAUAGCCAAGAUGAUCAUGAAGUUGGCCAAGUAUCACCGUCAGCGCCGGGCGCGAAGUUCAGAGAAGGUCCCUGCCCCGGAGGCCGGCACCCAGCAGGCUCCCGAAGCUGCCCCGGAGGCCCGCACCCAACAGGCUCCCGAAGCUGCCCCGGAGACCUGCACCCAGCAACCUCCUACUGUAGGGGUUACCAAGUUGUGA